UUUUUUUUUUUCCUGCCCUUACUUAUUGGCUGUUGAGCCUUCGAGGGGGGGCUUGGGGCAGAUUGGGGAUUACUUUCUGUUUAAAAUCUUGUACUAAGUCUUGGUAGGGGGUGCAGGUAAGGCAUGGGUCCCUGUUGCCUGUUAAAUCCAUGGAUCUUUCUCUCUCUCUCUUUUUUAAAAAGAUUUAUUUAUUUAUUUUAUGUAAGUGAGUACACUGUAACUGACAGAUGGUUGUGAGCCUUCUUGUGGCUGUUGGGAAUUGAAUUUAGGACCUCUGCUCACUCCUGUUGGCCCCGCUCCGCUCACUCUGGUCAAUUCCACUUGCUCAGUCUCUGCUUGCUCCGGCCCAAAGAUUUAUUUAUUUAUUAUAUGUAAGUACACUGUAGCUGACUUCAGACACACCAGAAGAGGGCUUCAGAUCUCAUUACAGGUGAUUGUGAGCCACCAUGUGGUUGCUGGGAUUUGAACUCAGGACCUUCGGAAGAACAGUCAGUGCUCUUACCCACUGAGCCAUCUUACCAGCCCUGGAUCCCUCUCUUGAUGCUCUCUCUUUCCAACCCUCUUUGCACUCCAUUUUGGGACUGGGUCAGUAUUUGCGUCUACAACCUAACUGGGAACUUGAAUGAGACCAGAGAAGGCAGGUCUUGGGCUGUCCCAUAGACGUUACUUUUCAGUGAUUCUAGUGUUGGGUGUUCUUGGGAACACCACGGGUUGUACAGAGGAGAUGGCUGAUGGAGCCAGUAAGAAGUAGCCUCAUCGGGUUUAUGGAGACUGGUUUGUAAUGGGGGCCUGGGCUGGGCAGGAGGCUCUGGAGAAUGGAGCUACCUCCUGGCUUCACUCCUCAUUUAAAGGAGAAAGACUGGCCUUGAAUUUCUACCCCUACUGCCAGUGUUGGGAUUGCAUGUAUAUAUCAUCAGGAUUCUACCUGGAUCCUUUGGAGAAAAAAAACAAAAAAUAUCCCCAUCCCCCAACCUCCCCUACUCCCCCCCAAAAUUAAUGUCCCCCCCAAAACUGAGGGACUGCACAGCCUGUGAGAGCUGUAUUCCUUGUUGUCUGGGCUACCUAAGAAGAUCCCAGGGCCUGGCGACUUCUUGGGGACAGGUUGGAAAACUGGACCAGCCGCCAGUGGCCAGCUUGCUGGUCAUCUUAGGAGGGAGCUUGUCCUGGGGUCAAGACAACACCAGAGGGAGGUGGUGGAGACAGAGCUGGGAAAAACUGACCCCUCUUUGGCUGCCAGAGCCCAGGUGUGACAGGACUGGUGACAAUUAGACCUGGGAGAGGCAGAGCACUUGCUGUGGGAACAUCCUGGACAUGGGAGCUGGGAUAGAGGAUGUGAAGGGCUGAGGGGACUGUCACUACAUAGAAGAGAGAGGUAACCCCUCUGCCCCACCUCUUGUUUGCCUGUGCCCAAUGGAGUCCCAUCUGUUCCUUGUUAGGGACUCAAUAGACAGGCCCUCUAGGAGAUUAAUUAAUACCAAGCUGCUGGCAGACUGAGAUGCGUGCCUGCCCUAGGGCCCCAUUCUGGCAGCACAGAUGUCCAGCUGACCCCAGAAAUGCUACUGCAUUGCCACCCAAGGAUCCUGGAGAUGUGGGGAGUCUUGUGGGGAGCACAACCCUGACUAUUGCGGCUUCAUGGCAGAGAAAGCUUAGGUGGUGGCAGGAAGCCAAAGGGGGCUACAAGAUUGUGUUCCACACGGGGAACUUCUCAUUCAUCUUUGGUUGUGUCCUGGGCUUGCUUUGUGACCUAAGCCUAGUGGCUUACUCUCUCUGGGGUAUUUUCUUUACCAGUGUAUAGAAUGAAGGUGUCAGAUUGAGCCAUGGCUGAGAUUGCCUGGGUCUGUGUUAACUGAGCCCAGUUCUCUCCUGCUAUUCCCAAGUUUCCUGAAUUGCUUAGGCUACAUCCCAUUCCCUGGGUCAUCCUUUAUAUAAUUAAUGCCUGCCCGUGCUCAGAACAUACCUCUUCUUGGCUCGGCCAGAUCAAGUGUCCUGUUGGGACCCUGUCCCUACCCUCAGACUGGCCUGCUCCUUCCAGCUCCAAGGCCAGGGUAAAUGUCUACUUCCUCAGAGGCCACAGCCCACAGUCCCACACACUCCUCAGACUUAUCCAGGGCCUCACCCCUUGGACUCUGCCCUCCUGCCCAGGAAACGCCAGUCCCCAGAAGAGCUGCCCAAGAGUCCAGGGGCCAGGAUCAGGGUCUGAAUAGCUUGAGCUGGUGACUCACAGCCUCAUCAGGCUGGAGAGAACCAGGUAUAGUGUGGUGGGAUGGAAGUGUAGGCUUUUGUAGGUACAGAACCCUGGGCCAUCUCUUGACACACACACACACACACACACACACACACACACACACACACACACCCGCCUCACCAUUUCCUGGAAGUCCUCAGGAGGGGGUGUGUGCUCUGGCAAGUUGCUCUAAGUCUGCCCUGAAGUUGUAAGAGGCUGGCCAGUUGCCACCAAGCUGAGGGGCCAGGCUCCUCCAAAACCCCACCGCCUCCUUCCUUCCCUUCUUUUGCCUUCACCUCCACAGCAAGCAGAACGGGAGGCAGCCAUCCCAGGAAGGGGUUAACUGCCAGCCCCAGCCUUGAGGGAGGGGACUGGGCUGGACCAUUUUUCUGCUCUGCCUCCACCUCGCUUUUUCCUGAAUGGUUCUGCCGUCCUGGGGUGGGGAGGAAGAGAAGGAGGAAGGGCGGGCAGGCAGAGGGAGGGAGGAGUGUGGGAAGAGGAAGGAAAAAAAGAAGGAGACAGCUAGGGGGAGAGAAAGAUGUCACUGGCUCUAAUCUCCCUGUCAUUUGGGUUUCUGGCAGGAGCUGGGCGAAGGAUCUGCUAGAACAAUGCUGAGGCGGGGGAGGUGAGGAGUGUCUUAAACAGGUGAUCGGGGGACACCAAGCCACCUGGGCACCCCUCCCGGACUCAGCCCGGCCGGCACCCCAAAGACAGCGGGGCAACCAUGGCGACCAAUUUCAACGACAUCGUCAAGCAAGGCUAUGUGAAGAUGAAGAGCAGGAAGCUCGGGAUUUACCGGAGGUGCUGGCUGGUGUUCCGGAAAUCUUCCAGCAAGGGGCCCCAGCGGCUGGAGAAGUAUCCUGAUGAGAAGUCCGUGUGCCUCCGAGGCUGCCCCAAGGUGACUGAGAUUAGCAACGUCAAGUGUGUCACACGGCUCCCCAAGGAGACCAAGAGGCAGGCGGUGGCCAUCAUAUUCACAGACGACUCCGCUCGCACCUUCACUUGUGACUCAGAGCUGGAGGCAGAAGAGUGGUACAAGACACUGUCCGUGGAAUGUCUGGGAUCACGGCUCAAUGACAUCAGCCUGGGAGAGCCUGACCUCCUGGCUCCAGGAGUACAGUGUGAGCAGACAGAUCGCUUCAACGUCUUCCUGUUACCCUGCCCCAACCUGGACGUGUAUGGGGAGUGCAAGCUGCAGAUCACUCACGAGAACAUCUACCUCUGGGACAUACACAACCCCCGCGUGAAGCUCGUCUCGUGGCCCCUCUGCUCUUUGCGCCGUUAUGGCCGAGAUGCUACGCGCUUUACCUUUGAGGCGGGCAGGAUGUGUGACGCUGGGGAAGGGCUCUAUACCUUUCAGACACAGGAGGGGGAGCAGAUUUACCAGCGGGUUCACAGUGCCACCCUGGCCAUCGCCGAGCAGCACAAGCGGGUCCUGCUGGAGAUGGAGAAGAAUGUGAGGCUGCUGAACAAGGGCACCGAGCACUACUCCUAUCCCUGCACACCCACGGCCAUGCUGCCCCGCAGCGCGUACUGGCACCAUAUCACAGGUUCUCAGAACAUUGCUGAAGCCUCCAGCUAUGGGGAAAGUUAUGGGGCAGCCCAGGCCAGCUCGGAAACAGACCUCCUGAACAGGUUCAUCUUGCUUAAGCCAAAGCCCAGUCAGGAGGAUAGCAGUGAGGCCAAGACCCCUGCCCAGUGACAGCCAGACUGGAGAGAACUCAUGAUUUGCCGGGCCACCUGUUGAAAGGCUCACUGUCGCAGCCCAUGGACAGCCUCGAGGAGCUGGUGGCCAAGAGCCAGAGGAGAGCAAGCUAUCCCUCCUUGCCCUCAAGGGUGAGGCUGGACCUCAGCACAUGGCUGGCCACACCACCUGAGCAUGAGGGGCUAAGAGCCACCGUGGGACUAUACACUGUUAAUGGUUUUAAUAUAUAUGGCUUAUAACAUAUACUGUAUAAACGAGGCUUCCCUCUAUCCCUCCCCACCAACACAUACCCAUUUUUAAUUCCACGACCAGGCAUGGUCAAGGCUGUUUUUGAGUAUGAGGGUGGCAGUGCCUGUCCUCAGUGAUACAACUCUCCUGCUGCCAAGAUGGCCUGAGCUGCCAGGGUCAGAGGAGGGGGACAAUCAGACUGGUGCUGUCUGCUGGCUCUUCCUCAGAAGCCCAAGGGCCAGGACAGCAGGUAGCUCUGUCCUCUGGGCCUACAGUGACACAGGAAGAGUCCUAAACUUCACUGUACCGUGUGGCAGCCUUGCACUUGGGAGUGUUUAGCAGAGGCGGCAUCUGGUUUUUAAAUGCACUUUCUGCACUGGCCCCUUCCUGCUCAGUAGGCUGAAGAUGUCUUUGGGCAGGGCUCCCGUUACCUCGGCAGCAGAGGACAGUUGGGGCCAGCCCGGAGGGAGGACUGCAGCAGGACUGCUGUGGGGAGCACCUUGCUGCUCUCCUUCACUGACCAGGGGUAUAAAGCUCCAGCAGGGGGAGUCCCUUGCCCAGGCCAGCCACCCCAGGCCAGAUUCCAAAACUAAGACUUUCCUAUCUCCCCACACGGUGCUGAGGCUCCCUGCUGAAAUGCAAUUAAAGCAAUUGAUUUUCUAGUGCUGGUAUUUAUUGACUACCGUGCAGAAGGGCUAUCUUUCUAUUCACAUCAAACCUUUUGUUGCGUGUUUCUGUUUUUUAAUACUUUAGGGUUCUGAUUUGUGGGAACAGACCUUGUAAAUAACCACUGUUCACAUGUGUGGCAGAAUGAUAAGGGGCCCCUCCCAGGGGGUGCCCUAGAGCCAGGGAGGUGGCACAGCCAGCCCAACUCUGUGACCCAGGAAAUGACCACCCAGAGGUCAGCUAGUUUGUACAAGAAAUGGGCCCAACCCUUUGGGAGGGAGGCAAAACUGGCUCAGUUAGUGGCACGAUGACGCAUGAAGGAGAUUAUGUUGUGCUCUUUAUUGCCAAAAAUAAAAACUUUUAAAAAGACAA